AUGUUCAAGCUUGCAGCACGUCGCAGCUUGGGUGUCGCCCUUAGGGGUACACACUUGCAGGAUACUGCCGUUCGAAGCUCAUUUACACAGCAGCAGAGGAGGAACUUGUCUAUACACGAGUACCUCUCUGCUGGCCUACUUCAGUCUUAUGGCAUUGGUGUGCCUAAAGGUGAAGUCGCAAAGACAGCAGAGGAAGCGGAGGCUAUUGCGAAAAGAAUCGGCGGCGAUGAUAUGGUCAUUAAGGCUCAGGUGCUCGCUGGUGGUCGAGGAAAAGGUACCUUCGACAAUGGCCUAAAAGGUGGUGUCAGGGUGAUCUAUUCCCCAACAGAAGCCAAGAUGUUUGCUGGCCAAAUGAUAGGCCACAAGCUCAUUACCAAGCAGACUGGUGAACGAGGUCGCAUUUGCAACUCGGUCUACAUCUGCGAGCGCAAGUUCGCUAGACGAGAGUUCUACCUCGCUAUCCUCAUGGAUCGAUCGACCCAGUCGCCUGUUAUCGUCGCUUCCUCGCAAGGUGGUAUGGAUAUUGAGACUGUCGCAAAAGAGCAGCCAGAUGCAAUCAUGACCACUCGAGUCGAUAUAAACCAGGGUGUGACAGACGAGAUUGCGAGAAAUAUCGCUACCGAGCUGGGCUUCAGUGAACAAUGCAUCAAGGACGCUAAGACCACGAUCCAGAAGCUGUACCAGGUCUUUAUGGAGAAGGACGCUACUCAGAUUGAGAUCAACCCCCUAUCUGAAACCAGCGACCACCAGGUCCUGUGUAUGGAUGCUAAGCUCAAUUUCGACGACAAUGCCGACUACAGACAAAAAGAAGUCUUUGCAUGGAGAGACCCAUCGCAAGAAGAUGCUGAUGAGGUUAAGGCUGCCGAAUACGGCCUGAACUUCAUCAAACUCGACGGCGAUAUCGGCUGUCUGGUCAAUGGUGCCGGUCUUGCUAUGGCUACCAUGGAUAUCAUCAAGCUGAAUGGAGGCUCACCUGCGAACUUCCUCGAUGUCGGUGGUGGUGCCACUCCAGAAGCCAUCCGAUCUGCUUUCGAUCUCAUCACUAGUGACCCCAAGGUAACAGCUAUAUUUGUUAACAUUUUCGGUGGUAUCGUACGAUGUGACGCUAUCGCCCAAGGAUUGAUCAACGUGGUAGAGCAGAUGAAUCUCAGGUUACCGAUCGUGUGUCGACUACAGGGCACCAACAUGGAGAAGGCAGCCGAGUUGGUCAAUAACUCUGGUCUCAAGAUUUUCAGCAUUAUAGAUUUGCAAGAGGCGGCUGAGAAGGCAGUCGACUUCAGCAAGAUCGUGAAGAUGGCCAGGUCGAUUGAUGUCGGUGUUGAGUUCAACUUGGGCUUAUAA